AUGUCGAUUCAGGGAGAAGAAACCUUACCUCCAGAUGCUGCUCCACAUCUCCACAUGCAGCAAGGAGCAGGAACUGAGUUAGCCACGGAGAGCAGGACCCUGGGAGAGGGUCCGGACCCUGAGAGAGGGUCAGGUUGUGGAAGCAGUACGAUAGACGUAUCAGCAUACUGCAAGCCACAGUUCCCUGGGGACGCCCAGGGUUCGAUUGUGCCCAUUGAAGACCGAGGUACUCGCUCUAAAAGACGGAAACGAGGAGAUGAAGGCCUCACAUCCCGUGAGAAAAAAAAAAAAAAGAUUUUAACCACAGACGCUGACCACCUCUUGUUAGAUCCUCCUCCCCCUUAUCCACCAGUACCCCAAGCAGCUGCGGGACAAGGAGGCUCUGCCUCAGCAGGAGAACCGGGAGUUGUAACAGCAGCUGCCUCAGCAGGGGAACCGGGAGUCGUAACAGCAGCUGCCGGACAAGGAGGCUCUGCCUCAGCAGGGGAACUGGGAGGUGUGACAACAGGUACAGGACAGGGAAACUCCGAGGAGCAAGGGAGUACAACCUGGGUGGAACCCUCGGCCCCCUUACUUCACCUGGAGGAGGGAAGCCUAGAGGGUCCGGCAGCUGGGACUCGGAGUAAGAAGGUAGUGUCUCCUGACUCUACUGUCUUGCCUCUGUGGGCGUAUGGACCCCCUGAUGAUCAAGGGAACCAGCUUUUCCAGUAUUGGCCUUUCUCAUCAGCAGAUCUUUAUAAUUGGAGAACUCACAAUCCUCCUUUUUCUGAGGACCCCCAGGCCUUGAUAGGCCUAAUUGAUUCCCUUCUUUUCUCUCAUUGGCCCACCUGGGAUGAUUGUCAACAGCUCUUGCAGGUACUCUUUACAACCGAGGAGAGACAGCGUAUCCUCUUAGAAGCCAGAAAGAAUGUUCCCGGGACGGAUGGCAGGCCCACCUCCUUGCAAAAUGAAAUAGACGCAGCCUUCCCGCUGACCAGACCAGAUUGAGAUUUCAAUACAGCAAAUGGUAGGGAGCACCUCAAAAUCUACCGUCAGACUCUAAUGGCGGGGCUCAGAGGAGCCGCGAGACGGCCCACAAAUUUGGCCAAGGUAAGGGAGACAAUCCAGGGUCCUGCUGAAUCCCCCUCAGCCUUCUUAGAACGGCUGAUGGAGGCUUUUCGGCAAUUUACACCCUAUGAUCCAAUGUCUGAUGAACAUAAAGCUACAGUGACAAUAGCUUUCAUUGACCAAUCAGCCAGUGAUAUUAAGAGAAAGUUACAGAAGUUAGAUGGAUUACAAGAUAAAUCUUUGAGGGAUUUAGUACAGGUGGCUGAGAAAGUGUACUAUAACAGGGAGACUGAAGAAGAGAAAGAAAAGAGAAAGCAGAAAGAGCAGGAAGCUAGGGAACUAGAGAAAGAAAAGAGACAGGAAAAGAAUUUGACUAGAAUUUUGGCCACAGUAGUUAGAGAAAGUCGAAGGCCAGGUGAAAGGGUACCGGGCAACCGAAGGAGGCCUUUAGAUAAAGAUCAAUGUGCCCAUUGCAGAGAAAAAAGACACUGGGCAAAAGAUUGCCCGAAGAAAAGGGGGGAUAGACCCCGCCGAGCUCGAGAAGAAGCCCCAGAUCACAAAAUACUGGCUUUGGGUGAAGACAGUGACUAGGGAGGACGGGGUUCGGAUCCCCUCCCCGAGCCCAGGGUAACCUUGAGAGUGGAGGAGAAGCCCACCCAGUUCUUGGUGGAUACUGGGGCUCAGCAUUCAGUCCUUCUACAAACUUCGGGCCCAUUGUCUAAUAAGAAGUCAUGGGUCCAGGGAGCUACUGGCAAUAAACAGUAUUCAUGGACCACCCGAAGGACAGUAGACCUUGGUGUGGGCCGGGUGUCCCACUCAUUCUUAGUCAUUCCAGAGUGCCCCUACCCUCUCCUGGGCAGAGAUCUACUUGCAAAGAUUGGAGCACAGAUUCAUUUUCUUCCAGAGGGCCCCCAAAUAAAAGAUAGACAAGGAAAUGUGUUACAUGUAUUGACUGUGAAACUCGAGGAUGAAUACCGCCUCUUUGAUCACUCAAAAGAUAAUCCCUGCGAUAUGGACUGGUGGCUGAACCAGUUCCCCCAGGCAUGGGCGGAAACCGCAGGGAUGGGUGAGGCUAAAAACCAGCCAGCGGUCCAUGUAGAGCUGAAGGCCUCAGCCACUCCUGUGGCAGUACGCCAGUAUCCAAUGAGCAAAGAAGCCCGAGAUGGGAUUAGACCUCAUAUUCUCAGGUUGUUAGAUCUCGGAAUACUUAAAAAACGCCAGUCAGCAUGGAACACGCCUCUGCUUCCCGUACGAAAGCCAGGCACCAACGACUACCGACCAGUGCAAGAUCUCCGUGAGGUAAACAAACGGGUGACAGACUUACACCCCACAGUACCAAAUCCAUAUAAUUUGUUGAGCUCUCUUCCCCCAGAAAGGACUUGGUACACUGUAUUAGAUCUUAAAGACGCCUUCUUCUGCCUCCGGCUAAGUCCGAAAAGUCAACCCAUCUUUGCUUUUAAAUAGAAGGACCCAGAGACAGGAAUAUCUGGGCAAUUAACAUGGACUCGGCUUCCACAGGGGUUCAAGAACUCCCCUACCAUCUUCGAUGAAGCUCUACACCGGGAUCUCGCCCUGUUCAGAGCAGAAAACCCCCAGGUAACCCUUCUUCAGUUCUUGGACGACCUGCUUCUGGCCGCUCAUGAUAAAGACACAUGCCUCGAUGGAACUCGUCGAUUACUAACUGAACUGGCGAAACUGGGUUACAGAGCCUCUGCCAAGAAGGCCCAGAUCUGCAGAAAACAGGUCAGUUAUUUGGGGUAUCUGCUAAAAGAUGGGAAGCGAUGGCUGUCAGAAGCGAGAAAAGAGACUGUACUUCACAUUCCCUCACCCUCGAAUGCCAGACAAGUGAGAGAAUUCUUGGGGACAGCAGGAUUCUGUCGAUUAUGGAUCCCAGGGUUCGCUGAGAUGGCAGCACCCCUCUAUCCAUUGACCAAAAGUGAUAGACCAUUUGAAUGGGGAGAAAAAGAACAGGCUGCUUUUGACUCCAUCAAGAUGGCUCUAAUGUCAGCCCCUGCCCUGGGACUUCCUGACGUGUCCAAGCCCUUCCACUUAUACGUGGCGGAAAAUGGAGGGGUAGCAAAAGGGGUCCUAACGCAGAAGCUGGGGCCCUGGAAAAGACCAGUGGCAUACCUCUCAAAGAAAUUAGACUCUGUAGCAGCUGGGUGGCCUGCCUGCCUGCGAAUCGUGGCAGCAGUUGUGACCCUAGUCAGAGAUGCUGAUAAGCUGACCCUGGGGCAAGAUUUGGUGGUGACUGCUCCCCAUGCAUUAGAGAGUGUGGUCCGCCAGCCUCCUUGGCUCACUAACGCCCGAAUGACUCACUAUCAGACUUUGUUACUAAAUUCAGACAGGAUCAGUUUCACUCCAGCCACGGGGCUGAACCCAGCCACCCUGCUGCCAGACUCGAAUAUCGGAGCACCAGUUCAUGACUGCCAGCAAGUGCUUGCAGAGGCACACGGCUGGCAAAAGGACUUGAGCGAUCAGCCUCUGGCGGAUGCGGAGGUAACCUGAUAUACUGAUGGUAGCAGCUACCUUGAAAACAGAAAAAGGAAGGCCGGGGCUGCAGUGGUAGAUGGACAAAAGGUAAUAUGGGCACAAACACUACCGGAAGGCACCUCUGCCCAGAGGGCUGAGCUGAUAGCGCUAACAAAAGCCCUGGAACUGGGAAAAGAUAAAAAGGUUAAUAUUUACACAGAUAGUAGAUAUGCCUUUGCUACAGCCCAUGUCCAUGGGGCUAUCUACCAGCAGCGAGGCCUCCUCACGUCAGCUGGAAAGGAAAUCAAAAAUAAGACUGAGAUUUUAGCGCUACUUGAGGCAUUACAUCUGCCCUUUAAAGUGAGCAUCAUCCACUGCCCCGGCCACCAAAGAGAGACCUCUGCGGUUGCAAAAGGAAAUAAUAUGGCUGACAGAGAAGCGAGGAGAGUAGCGGGUGAAACGAUUUUUGCUAUGACUGUGGCAGAAAAUAAAGCCGAACCCACACCUCCAUUUCAAUAUACAGCCCAAGAUUUAGCCUUAAUGACUGAAAUUGAGAAAGAGUUUGAUAAGGACUUGAGAGUGUGGAAAACCCCAGCUAGAAAAAUAAUUCUGCCCCAAAAAGAGGCAGAGGAGAUGGUAAAACAGAUGCACCAAUGGACUCACCUUGGAGUUAAGAAACUUGUGGCUACUAUGUUAAACACCAAAUUCCACGUACUUGGGCUAACACGGUUGGUUAGAAAUAUUGUACACGCAUGUGUACCCUGUCAAAUGGUAAAUGCCUGCCGAACCAAAGUUGAACCUGGCAAACGCCUCUGAGGGAACAGACCCGGAACUUACUGGGAAGUAGAUUUUACAGAGAUCAAGCCUGCCAGAUAUGGUAAUAAGUACCUCCUAGUGUUUGUAGAUACAUUUUCCGGAUGGACAGAGGCGUUCCCAACAAAGAAAGAGACAGCAGCGGUGGUGGCGAAAAAGAUCCUAGAGGAAAUCUUUCCACGAUUUGGGGUACCUAAGGUAAUUGCCUCGGACAAUGGGCCUGCCUUCGUUGCCCAGAUCCUGUACGGGGCUCCAGCUCCUCUGGCUACCAUAAAUGAAGUAACUAGACUUACUUGUCAUGGUAACAGUGAUUUAUAUGCUAGGUUAAGAGGACUCCAAGCAGUACAGAAAGAAGUGUGGACCCAGCUGGCCCACGCCUAUGAACCAGGGACCCCAGAGACAUCUCACAGGUUCCAGGUCGGGGACUGCGUCUACGUCCGACGGCACCGCGCCCAAACUUUGGAGCCACGCUGGAAGGGACCAUUUCUGGUGUUGCUAACCACUCCCACUGCUGUGAAGGUUGAUGAAAUAUCGGCUUGGAUCCACGCCUCUCAUGUAAAACCAGCUCCAGAGGGACCAUCGCCUAAGUGGACACUCCGACGCACUCAAAACCCGCUCAAGAUAAAGAUCCAAAGGCAGACUGUAGCUGACCAACAUGAUUCCACCUGA